AUGCAGGACAUAUCGGGUGUAGCCUAUAGGAUCAUUGUCACCAUCACCACCACUGUCACCAUCCCCAUCCCCAUUGCUGUUACCAUCACCAUCACCAUUGUGAUCACCAUAAGCAUCAGCAUCACCAUUAGCAUCACCAUCACCUUCGCCAUCCCCGUCACCAUUGCCAUCAUUGUCACCAUCAUUGUCACCAUCACUGUCACCAUCCCCAUCAUCAUCACCAUCCCCAUCACUAUUACCAUCACCAUCGUGAUCACCAUGAGCAUCGGCAUCCCCAUUAGCAUCACCAUCGCCAUCCCCGUCACCAUUGCCAUCAUUGUCACCAUCACUGUCACCAUCCCCAUCAUCACCAUCCUCACCAUUGUCACCAUCCCCAUCCCCGUCACUACUACCAUCACCAUCAUGAUCACCAUGACAUCACCAUCACCAUUGCCAUCCCCGUCACCAUUGCCAUCAUUGUCACCAUCACUGUCACCAUCCCCAUCAUCAUCACCAUCCCCAUCACUAUUACCAUCACCAUCGUGA